AUGAAUAUAGAAGAUUCCCUAGAACCACAAAACAUUGAAAAAAGAUGGCAGAGCUUGAAACAGACAAUCACAAAAACAGCAGCAAAAACUCUAAGGCAUAAAAACAAUACAGCAAGAAAGGACCGGAUUACAACUAAAAUUGUGAACUUGAUAGAGGAAAGAAGAAAAUAUAAAAAUUUGAACAGUACAGAAGGACAAAAAAUAUAUAGAGCAUUGAGGAAUUUAAUUAUUAGGAAAUCGAAAGAAGCAAAAGAAAAGUACCUGGAAGAAAAUUGUAGUGAUAUUGAAACACCCUUCAGGAAGAAGGGAAGGAGCAUAUAAAAUGGUGAAAAAGUUCUUUGGUCAGUAUAAGCCCAGAUCAGAAGGAAUAGAAGAUAAUAACGGGAAAAUGUUGUGGGAACAAAAAGAUAUUGCCAAAAGAUGGAAAGAAUAUUUAGAAAUACUGUAUGAGGGAGAAACACUUAAGGAAAUCGAAUCAAACGAAGAAGAAGAAUAUGAAAAGGAUCCAGUCAUGAGGGAAGAAUUCGAUAAAGCACUGAAGAAUCUGAAAAACAAAAAGGCAGCGGGAAUUGAUGGAAUACAAGUGGAGCUUUGGAAGGAGGCAGGAGAGGAAGUUAAAAACAGACUGUUCCAAAUCAUCAGAGAUAUAUAUGCGACUGGUGAAAUGCCAGAGGAUUACAUAAAAAGCAUAAUUAUCCCCAUCCCAAAGAAGGCAGCAGCAAAGAAAUGUGAGGAAUUCCGUACCAUUAGCCUCCUAUCACAUGCAUCAAAAAUACUAGCAAAGAUUAUAUUCCAACGUAUUGAAUCCAAGAUAGAACAAUCAUUGACGGAGGACCAAUUCGGUUUCAGAAAAAAUAGAGGAAUGAGAGAAGCAAUACUGGCACUGAGAAUUAUUAUCCAGAAAAGGAUUAGGAAGAAUAAGCAAACAUUUAUAGCUUUUGUGGACAUCGAAAAAGCAUUUGAUAAUGUGAACUGGAAGUUAAUGUUUAAUAUGAUGACAAGAGUGGGGAUAAAACACGCAGACAGGAAACUGCUGUACAAAUUAUACAAAGAUGAGCUGGCGGUUAUAAAAAUCCAAGAUAACGUAGAAGAAGCGAAAAUAAACAAAGGAGUGAGGCAAGGAUGCACUCUAUCACCAAUUAUAUUUAAUGCAUACAUUCAAAAAGCAAUAGAAAAGAUAAAAGAGGAUACCUACUCCAAUCAAUUAACAUUAACAUACAAUCAGUUAAUUUAUGGUCAGAUUCAAUUGUUACAAUUCAUUAGAUUGGUUGCGAUCUAG